UGUAGAAAAUAUAGACUCACGAGUCAAAUCAUGGCCAUUGGUUGAUACAGCUACGAUACCAAUCAUCUUAAUAACUUAUGGUUUAUUAUUAUAUAUUGUUCCUAAGUAUAUGAAAAAUAGACCGCCAUACUCUUUGAGUACAUUUAUACGAUGUUAUAAUAUAUUUCAAAUAAUAUCUAACAGUAUCGUAAUAUAUAUAUUUUUCGAUGGAGGCUGGUUUGAAGACAUAUUUUUUUAUUGUGUACCAAUGACUUAUAAUACGGAUCCUAAAUCUAUGAAGAUAGCCACUGCAUUAUGGUGUACGCUGUUAUUGAAGGUCAUUGAUCUUACCGAAUCGAUAAUCUUUUUACUUCGAAAAAAAGAUCGUCAAUUAUCGGUUUUGCACAUUUAUCAUCAUGUAUCAACGGUCUUAUUGGUAUGGAACGGUAUGAGAUAUUACGCAUGUGGAAUGACUAGUGUUUUGCCACUUGUAAAUUGCAGCGUACACGUCAUUAUGUAUACAUAUUAUUUUCUAUCUUCGUGCGGUCCGAAAGUGCAAAAGUUGAUCAAGCCCUAUAAAUCAAUAAUUACUAUUAUUCAAAUAGUACAACUAAUUUUACUGAUAUUAUAUAUCGUUCGACCUUUACUGUUUAAUUGCAACAUACCAAAAAAUCCAGCUCUUGUUUAUCUUUUAAAUAUGGUGAUCAAUUUAGUAUUGUUCUUAGAUUUUUAUCAAAAGACUUACAAAAUUCCUGAACGUAAAAAUAAAUGA